UUCAGUUUAUCCGCGAGUGCUGAAAUGGACAGUUGAAUCGAAGUUUUUGUGUUUUUUUGAGGUUGCGAGUGCCAGUUGGAAAUAUUUAAAAAGUAUUUAAGUGUUGAACAAACUGUGAUUAUGUGAUUUUGAGGAGACUGAAGAAAACACAAAAUUUUAGUUAUGCAAUGGGAGAAACAAAAUUGCUCCACAUACUUCUACUAGGUCUAUGCUGCCAAAUUUCCAACGGCGGACGCAUCUCCUUCCCGGACAGUUCCGGCCGUUCCGCCGAGCCUAGCUCCCGCUCAACCUCCACCUCCUCUCGUCAAUCCGAGUUCGAGGGCCGCAGCAUCCGCGGCGGUUCCGCUCAAAGCCACCUCCGGCCGGAGUACAGCCGCUACAACGUUUACGAGCACGAGCAGAACGACUUCCGACCACCGUCGACGACAACGCCACAUCCGUACGGCAGCACCACACGGCAGGUGUACAACCCGAACGCCUUCUUCAAUCGACUUCCGCCGUCCAAGAAUGACGAACCGAUUCAGGCGGAAGAAGAGGACGACUAUGACGAGGAGGAGGACGGGGUGAUUUUGGGCACGGAACCGCCUCCGUCGUCGGAGGGACCUUCGGCGGAUUACAUCAGUGGGGGGAGUAACGGUGCCAGGCCGGUGGCCUUCAACAACCUGUUCUACGGGCUUCACAACGACAAGUUUGCCGGAUUUGGGAACCUGUUUGGGGAGGAUCGACGCAAGCACAGAUACAAGUUCAAACGGCGAAGACCCGGCCAGCCGUGCAUUCCGUACGAUCUGUUCCUGAACAAGCUGCGGAGUGGCCGCGACUUCUACGGGAACCGGAUCGAUCCGAAGACGUUGAUUCCACCGCUGAACCUGGUGCUGGCCGACGUGAACUACUUCGCGCCGCAUAAUAACUACAACGGCAAUGGAGGAGGUAGUUACGCCUCGGACACGGCUUCGGACAGUACCGGAAGUAAUGGUGGAGCAGUGUUCAAUAACCACUUCUACGAUGCCGUCGGAGGUUAUCCCUGCACCGGGGGUUACCAGAAACCUCAUCGACCGCAUGGAGGACCACUUGGGUUCUUCGGACAGGGAGGUCUCUUCGACUGGACCUCAUCGGCUGACAAUAUCCAAAGCGAUGAGGGUGGCGGGUCGUCCAACAAACCUGCAGUGGUGUUCAACCUGAACGAUGCCAUUGAUUCGGUGGCCACCAACUGGAGACCGGGUGAAAGCUUCCAGAUGAUGAUGAAGGUGAUUGCGGAGUUUAUCUCGUCGGUGGCGGGCGGUGGGGGCGCCCUGCCGAUCGCGGAUGCCGGCGGGGCGUUGGUCGAUGCGGUUGACACGGUGCGCAAUGUCAACAAGGAGUUUGUUAGUUUAUUUUCGGGAUAGUGUUGAAAAAAGUUUUUGAAAAGUA